AACUGGUACUCCGUAGAAAUGAAUCAACAAUAACGGAGUAGGGUUUUCUUUUCUUUUCACAGUUGGGAGAGAAAAGCAAACAGCGAGAGACAGAGGGCAGUGAAGAAGGAGGGAUGGACAAAGGGGAAGGAUGCGCGAAGAACAGGAUCUACGUCGGAGGUUUGGGCGAGAAUGUGACCGCCGAUGAUCUGAAAAACACUUUCUCUUCGCCGCAGCUCGGCUCCGUCCAAUCUGUCGACAUCAUUCGUACUAAAGGCCGAGCCUUUGCUUACCUGGAUUUCGUCCCUUCUUCCGAUCACUCCAUUCUCAAGCUUUUCAGCAAGUAUAAUGGAUGCACGUGGAAAGGUGGGAGACUAAGACUUGAGAAGGCUAAAGAGCACUUCCUUAUACGUCUGGAGCGUGAACGUGCAGAGGAUACUAAAAUUGAUGUUAAAGUUUCUAGUGCUUCGGAGCAUCCUCCUUUGAGUGUCAUGACAAGUUCUCUGGACAAGCUAAAGAAGAAUCAAGCCAUGGACAAAAUGCAGCUCCACAUUUACUUUCCCAAAUUUAGAAAGAUAAAAUCAAUACCCUUCAAAGGAUCCGGGAAACACAAAUAUAGUUUCCAGCGUGUGGAAGUCCCUCCGUUCCCGAUUCACUUUUGUGAUUGCGAGGAGCAUUCUGGCUCAGCAUAUUAUACAGCCAAAGCAAAUGAAACAGAAAUCAAAAUGGGUGGGGUAGAUGAGAAGGAGAUGAACAUUAUGUCAUCAGUUUUGAAUAAGAUACUUAAGAGGGAGAACCACUCAGAGACAGCUGUUACCAAAACACAAAAUGUAAACAAUGUAGCCGAUUAUAGCAUGAGGGAGGAAGAUAUGGUUGAUGAAGAAGAUGAUGGUAUUAUUAUUAAUGUGACUGGAGGGCAAAAUCAUGGAAUUUCUUCAUCGUAUGCUGUAAGCCAGAAAUCAGACACACAUGAUCUGCAUUUUGCGGAAUCCAAACACACUUUAGAUGUCCAGAAAUCGUCAGUCAAGGUAAAGUAUGGAGAUCAAAAGAUCAUAGCUUCGAGAAAGAGAAAAGCUCCUCAAGAUGGAGAAGGUGGUGCAGUAGAUAAUUUGUCUGCAAUAAAUGAUAAGAAGCAUUGCUCUCAUGCACAUGGUGGUGUUGCAGUAGAUGCUAGUCAUGUUGAACCAAACAUGAAAGCUGAUCUUCACGUAGUAGAUAUUGGGAUGGACAUAACUCCUCCUGAGAAGAAUCAACUGCAUGAUCGAUCGGGGAAGAAGGAAUUGCAUUCUAAAUCUAAUGGUGUUGAUGAACCAACCAUGAAAGCUGAUCCUCACGUUGGGGUAGAAAUAACUCGUGGGAAGAAGGAACAGAGUGAUCAAUCGGAGAAGAAGGAAUUAAAAUCUAAGUCUAAUCAAUCUAAAUCUAAUGGUGUUGAUGAACCAACCAUGAAAGCUGAUCUUCACACUGCAGACAUUGGAGUGGUGGAAAUAACUCCUGGAAAGAAGCAACGACGUGAUCAACCGGAGGAGUUGCAAUCUAAUUCUAAUCAAUCUAAAUCCAAUGGAGUUGAUGAACCAACCAUGAAAGCGGAUCUUCACACUGCAGACAUUGGGGUCGAAAUAACUCCUAGGAAGAAGCAACGGCGUGCUCAAACAGGGAAGAAGGAAUUGCAGUCUAAAUCUAAUAAAUCUUAUGAUGUUGAUGAACCAACCAUGAAAGCUGAUCUUCACACUGCAGACAUUGGGGUAGAAAUAACUCCUGGGAAGAAGCAACAGGCUGAUCAAUCAGGGAAGAAAAAAUUCCAAUCUAAGUGUAUUCAAUCUGAAUCCAAUGGUGUUGAAGAACCAACUGCAGAAGCUGAUAUUUACACUACAGACAUUGAGGUGAAAAUAAUUCCUCCUGAGAAGAACCAGAACCAGUCUCAUGCACAGGUUGGUGUUGCAGCUGAUGCUAGUCACGCUGAACCAAACAUGAAAACUGACAUUGCGGUAGACGUCGGGGUGGACAUAACUCUUCCCGAGGAGAAUCAACAGCGUGAGCAAUCCGGGAAGAAGGAAUUGCGAGCUAAAUCUAACAGUGUUGAUUUGCCGUGCUUCACUGAUGUAAAAACUCAGGAAAAACCACAACAAAUUGGGGAAGCUUCUUCAAGCAAAGAGAAUGCAUCUGGUGAUAAGUCAUCAGCCAGAGGUAGUUCAUGGCUGCAAACACGCUCAUGGGCACAGCUAGUGGGUGAUCCCAGAAACAGUUCAUUUAGCCUUUCUCAAUUUUUGCCCAAUUUAAAUGUUGAGAAGAGACCAGACUCAACAACAACCCUAGUAGAUUCCCAGAAGAAGAGACAAGACUCAUUGUCCUCAAAAACAGGGGAAGGACCCAUACUUGAUCAUCAAACUCCUCCUAGAAGUUCUAUGGAGUUUGCUUCAUCAGAAGAGAAAAAGAACAAUGUUGAAGUGGCGGGCGUGUCCAUGCCAGAUGAUCACAAGGAAGACAACAAGAACGACGAAGAGAAGAAACAUAAGUUUACGAUGAAACAAACACCCCUCCCAGACAUUGGGGGAUCUUUUUCCUUCACCAGAAAUGCUGCAUCGAUGAGACAAUGGAGAAAGGCGAAAUCGGCGCUGAGUGGCUCUCGCAAAAAGAAGGCAUUGUAAAAGAUUUUUUUAAGGUUUGGCAAUCUUCAUUAUUUAGAUUUUUGAUAUUGAAUCUAAGAGUCCCUGUCGGAUAGGCUUUUAAUUAUUACCAGCUCUUCGACACAACAUCAUUUGAGCAUUCAGUUUUUCACUAAACAUUAACAGCCUGU